AUGGUGCUUCCUAGUCUUGUCCAUCAGAAUCAUGGAGCGUUUGUUAAAAAUAGAUUAUUGGCGCAUAAUAUUCUUAUUCUUCAGGAUAUUAUUAAAGGUUAUAAGAGGAAAAACAUUUCCCCUAGGUGUGUGAUGAAAAUUGACCUGAGUAAAGCCUGUGAUAUGCUUGAUUGGAAUUUUUUGGAGGACAUUCUCACUGAAUUCUGCUUUCCGAUUAAAUUCAUCAAAUGGGUAAUGGCCUGCUUGAAGGAUCCUACUUAUACGAUUCUAAUGAAUGGUAGGGUUCAAGGGGAGUUUAGAGGUCGGAAGGGUCUUAGGCAAGGGGACCCAAUUUCUCCUUUGUUGUUUGUUCUAGCAAUGGAGUUCUGUACCCGGUUGUUAUGUCAAGCUUCCUUGGAUAAGGGAUUCCGCUAUCAUCCUAAGUGUAAGCAGCUAAAGAUUGUCAAUCUUUGUUUUGCAGACGAUUUGGUCAUAUUUUGCAAGGGAGAAACUAGCUCAGUUCAGAUAAUGAGGGAUGGUUUUAAUGAGUUCUGCUUGGCUUCAGGUUUGUCUGCUAAUAUGGACAAAUCUCAGGUCUAUUUUGGAGGUGUGACUGAAAGAGAAACCCGCCAUAUGCUAGAGAGGCUCUGA